AACUUAAAACCGUUAUUUACUAAAAUCAAAUAAUAAUUUUUGAUGCCAGUCUGUCCGCCAAUUUCAACAACAAUAAUAUCGUAUUUUUGAUAUUUUUACCUUUCGUUAAAGAUUCUAAAGAUAUGGCGAAUGCAUACGACUUCAUUCGUGCUGCGGCAUUGGUGAUAGGUUUAGGGUAUUCCGCUCAACAAGAUAGAAAAUCAUGGAUUUGGGGAGAUUCCGUGCUAUGGGGUGCCUAUGCGUUGGGUCUUUUCUUUUUUCCAGGAAUGUUGUUUCCAGGAAGUGAAAAUGCAAUGAUGUGUUACAUUACCCGGGUAUUUGCUUCAGUCCUCAUAGGAGUGGGAGCACUUUGGUACUUGACAAGAAAGACAAGAGAUGAAAAUGUGAUCGGGGUCAAUCUUUGGUCAAGACUUAUUAGUAGUUUGCUGCUAUUGACAUUUUUGAUAUACACAUACUUCCAGCAAGACAGCAAACUUACGGAGAAGACUAUGUAUUUUGACAUGUUGGCAUACGGGAUGUUGCUAAUGACAACAGUGUACCAGUUCUGGCGUGGAGAGUAUCGCGUUGGAGGUAGAGAACAAAAAGGCAAUCUCAGCAUGCUGUUCAGAAUGAUGUUCCUCUUAAUGUUUAUGGCAGGACUGUGUGACAUGACCUUCCCAUCCUGGGUCAUUCCGUUCAAGAAAUUGGCUCCCAUGGAGUCACUUGCAGUAAGGUGUACAGGUGCUCUGAUAUUUGGAUGCUCGUUCUUAGCUUUAUAUGCACCCAGCUUCAGAUAUGAUGAUGACAAAAGCUCCCUCCUUCUAUCAACUCUUGUUACUAUGGUGUUUUACUUUAUCAGUUUAAACGUGGCCUACUUUAAGGACGAUCUAUUCAGUCAUCAGGAAACACUAAUCAUGCAUGCAGGUAUGCUACCGCUGGUUAUCCUGAUGCUCGGCUUGUAUAUUCUCUGGGGGAGAGACGCCGGGACACAGUCGGAAUAUAAUCUCAGAUCUAAAUCUAAUUGAAAUGUGUAUUUUGAAACUGUCUUGUUUUAAUUCCUGAGUGCUCUUAUAAUGUCAAAAAAAUUUUACUUGAUAUUUGUGCGGUCAUAUAUUUUCUGUCUAUUUUUUUUAUUCCAAUUGAACUGCUGAAUGAUAUUUGUUUAAAUUUCCAUCAUAUGAGCUUGAGGGUUAAAAAAUUAUGCAAGUCACCAUUGCCUCUUGUAGAUUUAGGGUCUGGGAGGAAUAUCAUUAUCCAACCUUCUUAAACAGUCUUCCUUUUUCGUUGAAUUGUGUAAUUGUUACAAAUUAUUGCAUUAUAAUAUUUAAUAGCAAUCAGUUAUAUGAUACUAUGUACAUUUAAUUGUUAACAAUUUUCUGUUUCAAUGGUGAUUCUUGCAUUCAUAACUUUUAAGUAACUUUUUAGGGGCGACUUCAAAAAUUUCUUUUUAAUAUAAUCUUGGAGAAAGUUAAUCUCAUUUGUAAAAAAAUUUUAUCAGUAGUUCCAAAGUUACCAUAGAGAUAGUUGGAAAUAUAAUUUUGAUAUUUCUGUUACUGAUAGUCCAACAAAAUUACAUGAACAACCAGCAAGUAUCAAAUUUUGAGGGCUUGGUGCAAAACUAUUGUAACUACCUUGAUUUAUGUAAGCAUUUACAAUAGUUUUGCACCAAACCCUCACAAUGUUUAUUAAUUCUGCUAGCAGGAAUGAUAUCAUACUAUGUAACCAGUAUAAUAAACCAGGCUUUCCUGAUUGUGGAUUUAACUCAAUUAGUCACUACAGUGUUGGAGCAGUACCUCCAGACUCUUGCAGAAAUCAUGAUCAUAAAAUAGAAAAAUAUUACUUUUUACACAGAUUUUUACAAUUUUCAUUCAUCAUCAUAUAUAAUUCGAUGUGAACAGAUGCAUUGGGAGUCUUAAGUGCAUUUCAGUGGAUGAAAAGGCAAGAUUUUAGCAUUUAAUUGUUUAAGCUCCUUGUCCAGUAAUACAACAUUUAGAGUGGUGCUCUAACACAUUUUAGUUUCACACAAUAAUUGUGAAGUCUUACAAGGCUUAAUAUUGCAAGCUGCUCAAUUUCAAUAUUGAAUUUAACUGGUUAUAUAAGUGUAUCAGUACUCUGGGUAUUCUGGAGAAAUAAGUCAAAAGAGGAAGAUAAUAUAAAAGCUCUAGGUAAAAAGGCAGCAAGAUUUUGAAAAUUCAGGUAAUUCAUCAAUCACUUGUAGUUAGAUAAUAUAUUUUGUUUGAAUGACCAUGAAAAAGUGGACAAUAUAAAAAUGAUGGUUUAUUUGCUUGUAUUGAUGUAUCACAUGUAUAAUUUGAAGUAUUUAAGAGAAUUUUAAACUGCUGUACAAAAAUCUUGAACUGCCUUUUCACAAUGUUCAGGAGUUUUUUUUUGUACAUUUUCUUGAGUGUACAAAGCUAUUAUCUCGUGAAAUAUUCCUAAAAAAGUUAUAAACAGUAAAGUUAAGAUGUUUUCAAGAAGAAGAAAAAAUUAACAACUGACUAUAUAUAGUUUUAUACACUUUAAUAUUUUAGUGGCUUUAUUUAUGUUAUAAAAGUACACAUGUAUAUUUUCAAUAUGUCAAUGUCUUGCAUAAGUACAUGUAGGCCUUCAGGCAGAGUUGAUAGAUAGUUUCUGAAUGGAGCUUUUAGUAAUUUUGGUUAAAGCAGCAUGCCUCUAGAUUUAUGCAAAUUUUCGUGAAAAAUUUAAAAAUGUAUUUUAAAUAUUGUGAAGUGAACAAAGAAAAUAAUUUACACAUUGCAAACAGCUAUUGCAGUUGACGUAAUUUUACCAAAAAGAGGUCAAAAUAAGCAAAAAUAACCCUUACUUCGUUAGUGACACAAUAUAUGGUGAGAAAUCUACAAUUUCAGUCCAUAAUUGCACAAAAUAAAGUUUUUACAUGUACUUGGAUCAUAAAUCUUUUUAUUUUUCUUAAAAUCAUUUUUGUCAUUUUUUAUUUUCUUGAAAUAAUUUGGCUAACCUGAAGGCAUGCAGCUUUAAAGACAUUCUCAUCUGUACAUACAUGUAGCCACCAAUGUAUAAUAGUAACCUAUAGUACUCUUACUCGUAAUGAUAAACAACACACACAUGUAUGUUAUAUCAAUCUGACUAAAGUUCAGAUCUACUUUAAUAUUUCUUGCAUGAAGAUAUGAUUGCCACCAUAUUUGUUUCACCUUCAUCAUGAUUUGGAUUUCACGAGAAAGCUUUUUUUAGCCAUUUAAUCAAACCAUACUUAAAAGAUAGGCAUUAGAUGAAGUAUCAAAAUAUUGUUGUCCAUGGAAGUAAACCAAAUUGUUGAUUUUUGUUAGAAAAAUUUUUUUGAAAAUGAUAGACUCAAUUUUCAAUAGGCUAGAUUGUUUUGCCGGCUAUAUGGACAACACCAUGUUUGUUCUCAAAAUCGUGAAAAUUAACUACUCAGUAUUGGUUUUCCAGUGAUUAAAAUUAGAAACGGCAUUGCUUUCAAAGUUGUGAAAUAUCGCUGAUGAUAGGCUGUUGGAAAGGUCACAAGGUGACAAUUUUUUUGGUGGUUGUCAGAUCCUAAUGCAUGACUUUAAUCAGAUUAUAUGUUAUAUAUACAGUUCAUAUGUGUGUUAUUUAUAUGUGUUCAGUUAUGGUGAAAAUCAAAGAUUAUAUUCAGGUAUAUUUUGAGACAUUUUUAUAACUAAUACAAAGGCAGCAAUAAAUUACGCAAUUUUCUUCAUUUUUUAAAGUUUAAAUCACAUGUUAUUACAUACUUUAACAAUUGUAGAUUGUAGUUGGCACCAUGUAUGUUUUGUGAAUGUAUUGUAACCAUUGUUUGAUACAUGUACAUGUUUUGUGUACUUUAUUUAUCAUGAUUAUAAACUAAGAGAAUAUAAGAUAGUUUACCCAACUACAUGGGUCAAACACUUGUUUAGCCAUAUUUUUAUCCAAUGACAAAAUAGAUAUAAAUAGGCACCUUGUUAUUUUGAAAGAGCCAUAUGGAAUUUAAAUGACCUCUUUAUUUUUGGUAAUAUAUAAGCUACUAAAAUUUCAAAAAAGACAAAAAAAGGUACAACAUUUGAUGAAAACAAAGUAACAUGUUUCUCUGAGUUUCUGUGUGUAUUAUGUCUGAUACAUGUAUAUUUAGAGCUUUUUGGGGGCAAUGUUCUGUUUUAGAAAGAGAUAAACUAUAGUGUGAGAUAGAGGCAAAAUGGUUGUAUCUCUGUUUGUAUGUCUUACGAGUUACAACGAUUUUACACUAACCCUUCUGUAUGAGGAAUUAAACCAUUUUCUUUUUUUUAAUAAACAGUACUAUUGUAUAAAGUCUUAUCCUCUAUGUACUCCCAUUAUUGACGUUCGUGUAAUAAUAAAAAAUUGUAAUUUUUGUAGAA